AUGAAAAAGAAACGAAAUGGCAGGGCUUUUGUGGGAGUAAAGGUGGAUAUGUCCAAAGCUUACGAUAGGGUUGAUUGGGUUAUUCUCGAUACAAUACUCCAUAGCGUGGGGUUUUCUGAUCACUUUUGUAGACUCAUAAAUCGGUGUAUUUCAACAGUUCAUUAUACUUUGCUCAUCAAUGGUAGGCCGGCUGGAGGUCUUACACCUCAAAAGGGUCUACGACAAGGUGAUCCUAUCUCACCAUACCUGUUCGUAAUUUAUUCUGAACUUCUAUCUCGAAUACUCAAUCGGGCAGAGGACUUAAAGAUGAUCACAGGGAUAAGAGCAGGGCGGGACAGUCCACCUCUGACACACCUUAUGUAUGCCGAUGACUUGUUGUUAUUUGUUCAAGCCACAAAGAGACAUGUGAGAGCGCUGAAGGAAAGCAUUCAAAUUUACUGCUCCUGGUCAGGUCAGAGCUUAAAUCAUCAAAAGUCGUCUGUUUUCUUCUCAAAAAACACUUCCACAGGAAUGAAAAAAUUUUGCAUGGACGAACUCAACAUGAAGAAGACAAAUCCUGAUGCAUUGUACCUUGGCAACCCUCUCUUCAAACGUGGAAAUGGCAGAGCUAGAUACCAAUUCCUUGAACAGAAGGUUGAUAACAAACUUAGUCAUUGGAAAAGGAAGUCCUUGUCUUGGGCAGGUAGAGCAACGUACAUUCGAUCGGUUGUUCAGAAUAGUUCGAUCUAUGCUAUGCAAUCCAAGAGGUUGCCAAGAGUCACAUGUGACAAACUCGAUGCAGCCACUAGGAAAUUCUGGUGGGGUGUCCCGGCGGAGAAAAAUAAGUUCUUCACACCUAAAUGUUGGGACUCUUUGUGUAGAAAUAAGAAAAGUGGUGGACUGGGUUUUAGAAAUACUAGGGAUUUCAAUAAUGCUUUGAUCCUCAAACUCGGCUGGGGACUGAUACAAGAUAGAGGCAAGUUAUGGGUUCGACUCCUUGAGGGAAAAUAUUUACGGAGAUCCAAUUUUUGGAACCAUGAGGUUAAGGCAUCGGCAUCUCGGUUAUGGAAGGCAAUCAUGGACACUAGAGAAAUACUCAAACUUGGCACUCUUUAUCAGGUAGGAGAUGGUAAGUCAAUUGAGGUUGGUAAUCACCCUUGGAUUCCACACGUACCAAACCAUCUCCCUUCUUUUAUUGAUCCUGAUCCUAUAUUAAAGCAAAGGAAAGUAGCGAGCUUCUUUAUCCCAAGGACAAAAUCUUGGGAUGUAAACAGUCUAACUCAGGUGUUUUGCCCAACCUCGGUCCAAGACAUUCUUCAGAUUCAAGUUCCAUCCUCCAUUUGGAUGGAUAAACCGAUUUGGCAGCCAGCUAUUGAUGGAAUUUUUACCGUUAAAUCCGCUUAUAAGCUCAUCAAAGUGCCUACAGCAAAUGGCUCUAACUCUGGAAUCUGGACCAAAAUUUGGAAAGCUAGAGUUCAUGAGAGGCACAAGAUGAUGUUUUGGAGGACAACGGCCAAUGUCUUGCCCUGUAGAGCUAACCUGGGUAGGUUAUUUCACAUUCCAGACCCUUCAUGCCCGUUGUGUGGAAAUUCAGAAGAAACUCCUGUCCAUCUAUUCACAGCAUGCCCUUUGGCCCAGAUUUUAUGGAGACAGAGCCCAUGGGGUAUCAUCUCAUCUGUUUGGAACUUCACAUCACCAAAGGAAAUGAUAAACCACUUCCUUGACCCAGGACGAAUUGCAGAGAUAAUGGGAUUCGAUUGCAAACUCUUCACUCUCUAUGCAGCGAUUCUAUGUACUAGAAUGUGGUUUUAUAGGAAUUCCAUUUUACAUGAUCAAGCUAUUCCAAAUCCUUCCCAGGCAAUUAAGUUGGUUUUACAGGAGUUCAUGGAAUUCUCGAACAAGUUCAAGGAAGAAAACACAGUCGCACCAAGUCCAGAAGCCGAUUCGAUUGGAGUAGGAAUAGACACUUGGCUCCCACCGUCAGAUCAAGAGCUCAAAUUUAAUGUAGAUGGUGCGUGGAAAGAUAACAAAGGAGCCAUAGGUAUCAUUGCACGAUCGGCUAGCGGAUUAGUAGUCCAAGCUUGGACAAGGAGAGGUCGUUGGAACUCGCCUUUGGAAGUGGAAGCAGCAGCUCUCCUUCUCGCCUGCAAUUAUGCUCAGUCCCUGGGCAUUCGAAAAGCGAUCUUUGAAAGCGAUUGUAAGGUCUUAAUUGAUGCCAUCCAACAAAAGGGUCUUUGCCCUUGGAGUAUUCAACCUUUCGUUGCAGAUUCUCGCUUUCAAUUUCAGCACAAUCCAUGUUGGAGCUUGGACUGGACCCGUAGAUCCAAGAAUGGAGCUGCUCAUGCACUUGCAAAUUGGGCCUCCAAUCAUAUAGGCACCAAAUCCUCUUUUCUUUACCAUGAUCUCCCUGCUAGAGUUAAAAAUAUUGUACUAGUAGAGUCUUCUUUUAUAUUUCGCUCUAAUGUAGGUAAUGCUUCCUUUUUGUAA